AUGGACAAGGCGGGGAUUAUCCAGCUAGAGAAGAAGCGCAAGAGGAAUCAGAAGAGGCAGGAUGAUCACAAGGAGGAUCACAAGGAGGAACACAAGGAAGAACACAAGGAAGAAGACAUGGAAGACAUGGAAAACACCUCCACAACUCUCCCUGAUCUCCCCCCUACAUCCUCCGACUACCAGGAACUCUCCCCCGAGCAAUUCCACUUCGACUCGCUCGAUCUCACUCCCGGCACUCGCAACGCAAUCAACGACCUCGGCUUCAAAUCCAUGACUCAGGUACAGGCAAAGACUAUCCCUCCCCUUAUGGCUGGUAGGGAUGUCCUUGGUGCUGCCCACACCGGUUCUGGCAAAACUUUAGCCUUCCUCAUCCCCGCUAUUGAAAUGUUAUCAAGACUUCACUUUAAACCGAGAAAUGGCACCGGCGCUAUCGUCAUCUCUCCUACUCGCGAAUUGGCCCUGCAGAUCUUCGGUGUCGCAAAAGAAAUAAUGAAAAAUCACAACCAAACGUUUGGUAUUAUCAUGGGUGGCGCUAACCGCAAAGCUGAGGCCGACAAGCUCCAGAAAGGUGUAAAUCUUAUCAUCGCUACCCCCGGUCGUCUCCUCGAUCACCUUCAAAACACUAAAGGUUUCGUCUUCUCUAACAUGAAAUCUCUCAUCAUAGAUGAGGCUGACAGAAUUUUGGAAAUUGGUUUCGAAGAAGAAAUGAGACAGAUUGUUAAAAUUCUCCCAACUGAAAACAGACAGACUAUGCUCUUCUCUGCUACGCAAACUACUAAAGUUACUGAUCUCGCUAGAGUCUCCCUUAGACAGGGUCCUCUUUAUAUCAACGUUCAUGAGGAGAAAUCGGCUGCAACCAACGAGCAGCUUGAACAGGGCUAUGUUGUUUGUGAAUCUGAUGCGAGAUUCCUCCUUUUAUUCACCUUUUUAAAGAAGAAUCUCAAGAAAAAGGUUAUUGUCUUCUUUAGUAGCUGCAACAGCGUUAAGUAUCAUGGAGAAUUGCUCAACUACAUUGACAUUCCAGUACUAGAUUUGCACGGCAAACAAAAACAACAAAAGCGCACAAACACAUUUUUCGAAUUCUGCAACGCUCCAACUGGUAUUUUGCUAUGCACAGAUGUCGCAGCGCGUGGAUUAGAUAUACCUGCCGUUGAUUGGAUUAUUCAAUUCGAUCCACCAGACGAUCCAAGAGAUUACAUUCACAGAGUUGGUAGAACUGCUAGAGCAGGCAAGGCUGGUAAAUCUCUCCUAUUCCUUCUGCCCACUGAGCUUGGCUUUUUGAGAUUCCUGAAAACAGCAAAGGUCCCUCUCAAUGAGUAUAGCUUCCCUAAGGAGAAGAUAGCCAAUGUACAAACGCAGUUGGAGAAACUGAUCAACAAGAAUUACUACUUGCAUCAGUCGGCUAAAGAUGGUUAUAGGUCGUAUCUUCAAUCAUACGCUUCGUACUCACUCAAGAAGAUAUUCGAUGUGAAUAAGUUGGACCUCAACAAGGUGGCUAAAGCUUUCGGAUUCUCUGUACCACCAAAGGUGAAUGUAUCGAUUGGAACCAACCUCAAGUCGUCCAAGGAGAGCGUAGGCAAGAAGGGCAAGGGUAUGGAUAGAUUGGAUGACUCAGAGUUGGCCGCUAUACAGGAUGCACAAUCUGACAAUCCAGACCAAGAUGAUCAAGAGGAUGAAAAACCAAAGAAGAGGAGAUCAAACAAGACUGGCGAGUAUAAUAAGCAGGGCGUUGAUAAAGGUGCAUACAGACAGAAACAACACAGCAAGAAUGGAUCGCAGUGGAGUCGCUAA